AUGGCACAACCCUUUUCUGAUGCGCUUCGCGGCGCAGCUAAUGAGUUCGAAACAUUAUUCCCGGCACAGGCCCAGCCGCAGCAAGCCGCUAGUGCAGCCGACGUUGCCAUCCAACGAGGACUUAAUGCUCUGAUGGCGGAAGUCGCGGCCAUGCGAGUCGAUCUCAGAGGGGACAUUGCGGGCCUAGCCGCCCAAACGCAGGGCCUAGCCGCCCAAACUCAGGGCCUAAAUACCCGAAUGGACGACCUGAAUACUCGAAUGAGCGCAAUGGAUCAAAACAACACUGCUCGGCUGCACAAUAGUGUAGCAGUGACGCCAGAAUUCCGGCUGUCACCCCUUUAUAACCUCACCACCGGCAUCCUCAUCGCCGAGUGCCCUGAAACCCUUGCAGAUCUCGCUGACCUUCCCCGCAUCACAAGCGCCCGCAUCCUGCAGGAGUUGAACAUCCAGGCACCACGUGGACGUGACGAGAGCCGAAAGACCGUGUCUCGUGCAUUUGGUGUUCGCCUCGCUCUCACGCUCUAG